GUGAACCAGGAUGCGGUACUCUUCCAACUAGAAACACUUUUAAAUGUGACGGUGUUUUCGUAAUUAAUUAGGACGAUGUUAGAGAUCCUUUUAUCCCCUGGCUCUCUUAGCUGGGGGAGAGGGCUUUUGUGCAUUUUUUCUGCAUUCGUUGUUGGACUUAGUGGUGUAGUCCCGCUUCUAUUUCUCCCACUAGAUAGCAUUUGUUCUAGAAAAGAUGUCAUUUCUCUCAAUAGGUGGCUUAGUUAUGCUACUGGAAGUCUUCUUGGUGAAGUUUUCAUCCAUCUCCUGCCAGAAUCCUGGAUUAACAGUGACAUCGACACAUUUCAGAUUCCUGGAUUUUGGAUACUCAGUGGACUUCUGUUGUUUUUUAUUAUCGAGAAGUUAUGUAUUAUUGAUUCUACUGAAAAAGAGGUCGAAGGUUAUCUCAAUCUUGCUGCCAAUAUAAUUGAUAACUUUACUCAUGGUGUGGCUAUUGCUGGAAGUUAUCUUGUAUCUCUUCGUUUAGGGAUUUUGACGACUACCUGCAUAUUAGUCCAUGAAGUUCCUCAUGAAAUGGCUGAUUUUGUAAUUUUACUCCGAAGUGGGUUCAGUCGGUGGGAAGCUGCUAAAGCUCAAUUAGCUACAGCAUCUGGAUCUACUUUAGGUGCCAUUCUAACACUUUGUGCUAAUGCUUCAGUAACCGGUUGUACAACAAAAUGGAUACUUCCAUUUACUGCCGGUGGCUUUCUAUACAUUGCAUUGGUUUCUCUUCUGCCUGAUAUUUUAAAAGAAUUAUCAUUUAAGGAAUCAGUUAUUCAUUUAACUCUUAUGUUUUUUGGUUUGACUUCAAUGGCAAUUGUCUCAUAUGCAAUGGAUUGAAUUGAUAAAUAUUAUGAUCAGAAUCAAAAUAACAACGACAACAACCAUGUUACAUAAUGAGAUAUACACAGAUUUGUAAGGAAAAAAAUGAUCAUCAAUCGUUGAAAACAGAACACCUAAAAGAUUAUCUAAUUUCUUAUAUCCGGUUGUCAUUAUACCCCAUUCUCAUUCUCACCUAAUUUGCCUUCUCUUAUUUAUCCCGUUAAUGUAUAUGUAUAAACAUAAUAUGUCUUAUUGUUAUGAUAAUGAUGAGAAAUCUAGAAAAAGAUCUCUAUGAAACAAGUAUUCGCCAUUAUUCAUCCUCUUUUUCUCUAUUGUGAGUUUCUUUCUUUCUUUUUCUAUAUAUAUGUAAUCUGAUCUAUUCAUUGUUAAAUCCAGUGAUAAUAAUAUACCAUUAUAUGUCAUGCAUAGUUGAUAGAAAAGAAGCAAAAAUUUUCUUUUACAAAAUCUUUUACUAUAUUGAAUCUAUUAUUGAAUAUUGUACAAGUUGUAUUGUUUUAAACAGUAAACAACUAAAAUUUUAAUUGUGUUGUAUAGUGUAAUAAGCUAAACUUGGAUUAUUAUUAUUAUUAUUAUUAUUAUUAUUAUUAUUAUUACUAUUA